CGCGCUCCGGCCGCGUCCGAAGCGCCCGCGAUGCGCGAGCUGCCGGCGUCGCGGCCGCCCCCGCAAGCGCCGCGCUAACCUGCACCGAUGCAGUGGCGAAAAUUGACCAGGUUGAAAUCUUCGCCGGGCGGACAGUCGCGCGCUCGGAGGAUGCUUUGCUGCGGCCGCAGGAAGGAGAAUGGGCGAGCGGCGCCGGACCUCACGGCGUCGCCGGGCCGCGCUCCCGCCGGUCCGCUGCAGCCAGCGCGCAACAACCAUGCGCCGCCCUGCGUGCUGCAGCCAGACUUUAGGAAGGUAUCGGGCGUUAGCAAUGAAAUAUUCAGGCAGAUUGAGAUGGUUGAAAACGAUCACGACGCAACGACAGCCGCGGCGCUCGAGGCGGUGGAGCGCCGCGGUGAGAUGAUUGUUCGGAUCCUUGAGCUGAGACAAGUCGGACGUAACAACAUUGAAGCCGCCAAGAAGUUCUUUGCCUUGCAGGAUGCACGCCACAUAGUUCAACUGGUAGAAAUCGUUAAGCGACCAGGGCAAACUUUGGGCCUAUACAUUCGCGAAGGUGACGGAGGCACUAGAACGGAUGGAGUGUUCAUAUCGCGAAUAGCAUUGGAGUCCGCGGUCUACAACAGCGGUUGUUUGAAAGUGGGAGACGAGAUCCUGGCUGUCAACCUGGUGGAUGUCAGACGCAUGUCUUUGGAUGACGUUGUGAUAAUAAUGUCGAUACCCCGGAGGCUUCUGCUUUGCACACGACAGAGAAAAGGUAAAUCCGGACCAGGUUCUCCAUCCCUCCCCCGCGCAGAGCACAAACCUCCACCAGUUGUGGUUUUGAAACGGGACUGUCGGGAUGACGAUGAUAGAGAUCGUGAUAGAGUGGAUGGACUUUAUUCGCAGCAUGGCACCCUUCGAUCAUCUGGUCCUUCAGGCGGCGUUCGGCCGGUCGGUGACGGGCGGGAGGAGAGGAGUCGCUUACAACUUGGAGCGUUGUCACCAGAUUCCACACCAUUGGACUUGUAUUACAAUUCUAGACCACCUUCCGACCAUUCCACUUGGAGUUAUCGACCGCCACCGCCGGUGAUAACAGAGCAGCCAAAGUCUACUGCGACCCACUUUGUGCCGUAUGAACGGUCCUACCCCAACACUUUGGAAAGCUUAGCUGAGAAGGUCCAUUCGUUUUAUCCCUCGGAUGGUACAAGUACCCGAUUUGGAGGAAGAGUGCCAAGAUCUGGAUCAGAACAACAACUUCCACGGGCUGAGACGCACUCAGAUUUCGGGAGACAUUCUUUGUUACGUUCUAGUUUGAAAGCGUCUGCUGCUACUGGUCCCCCUGCUUCUACGUUAUCUAGAUAUCAACGGUAUGGCGGAGUGGGAAUGCCAGUACCCGGAAUGCCUGGCUCUGGAUUAACAGGGACCGGCUUGUCCAGCUCUGGCUUAGGUCCGGGUCUUCCUUCAGGAUUAUCAUCAACUGGUCUUAGUGGCCUUACUGGCUCUAGCCUAGUGGGAACUGGACUAAGUUCUGGUUUAGGCAGUGGCUUGACCGGUUCCGGAUUGAGUUCCACUCUUGGCGCUGGGUAUGGUGCUGCUGGACUUGGAUUAUCUUCAUAUGGAAGUAAAUUUGGUACAACGAGAAGAAAUCGAAGCUUAGAUUACUCAUCAGACACAGAAGCUACGGCUCCUACGCGAACUCCGUACUAUUCUGGCUUGAGCGGAUAUAGGAGCAGUACGUUAGGAAGAGAUAUAAGCUCUAAGUUUAAUUCCUUGCCGAGGGACGUUAGGGGAACUGGUCAAAGAUUGGGAUUAUCAAGACGAGCUGGUAGUGUCCUCCAAGAUGAACCCGAACCUUUAUCUUCACGUCUGGAUCUUCGUUCUUCCAGAGGUCGUCUCCCGUCCUCACCAUCAGUGUUCACAUCGGACGAGUAUCGCGCGUGGCUCUCCCGCGCUCCCUCCACUAGCGCCCUCUAUGAGAGUCUUCGUCCGAGACUUCCUACGCAUUACUCUGCUGAAAAUAUUCAUGAUGCGCUUAAAAAUAUGGAAACAGGCAGUCGUUUUGGUUCUACACUUGGUUUGGCUGGUCGUCGCAUUGAACGUCCACGACAUUUACCUGCGCGCUCAUUGUCUUCUCAACAGCUAGGACCAACAGCUAGUGGCUCCCCUUCAGCACGUCGUGUCAGACAAUUACUUGAGUUGGGUUCAAAGUUCUCGUGCCCUAACCCUAGUCCAGUUCCUACCCCAGGAUCAAGACAUCAGCGUCAUUUGGACAUCAAUCCUAAUGAGUUUUUAAAGUACAAGAUAGAAAAGCCAGGUACGGGAGGUUUAUCAUCAUCGAUGACUGGCUUAUCUCGGAUAUCGGGAGGGGUGUCUGGUAUGCUGUGGGUGCACCUGCUAGCGGGACGGGGGUUACGACCUGCUCCGUCCGGAUCUUCCCCGGGCUCGCCCCCAUCCGGGCCACUCGCCCCACCACAGCCCCCGGUCGCCCCCAGGGAUUUAUAUUGUGUUCUGGAAUGCGAUCGAGUUCAUAAGGCCCGUACUGUGGUACGUACGGGCGAACUACAGUUCGAUUGGGACGAAUCUUUUGAACUAGAACUAGUGGACAAUCGACAAUUGGAUGUCCUGGUAUAUUCCUGGGACCCGCAGCACAGACACAAGUUGUGCUACCGUGGAGCUGUCACAUUACCGGAUCUUUUAUCGCGUUCACCAUCACACCAAUUGGCUAUAAGGAUGGAACCCCGCGGCACGCUGUACGUGCGCGUGCGCCACACAGAGCCGCACGAGCUGUUCCGGCGGCGGCCGGCGCCGACCCGGCUGUCCCCGCCGCCACUGUUCGGCGCGGAGCUCGACCAGGUGGUCGCGCGGGAAGUGCGGCCGAGUCACGCGCCGCCCGUGCCCUUGAUAGUGCGCCGCUGCGUGGAGGAGAUUGAGAGACGCGGAUUGGAUAUCAUUGGCCUAUAUCGUCUUUGUGGAUCUGCAGCUAAGAAGCGAAUUCUUCGAGAAGCAUUUGAGCGCAACGCUCGUGGCGUUGAAUUAACCCCAGACUCUGUCCCCGAUAUUAAUGUUAUCACCGGAGUGUUAAAGGACUAUUUGCGAGAACUGCCUCAGCCACUGUUCAGCCGUUGUUUAUUCCAAAUGACAUUGGACGCUCUAGGGGUCUGUUUACCAGACGACAAAGAAGGGAAUGCACGAUUGAUGGCAUCAAUAGUAGAAUGUUUACCGCGAGCUGCAAGGGCGACGCUGGUCUUCCUUCUCGACCACCUGGCUUUGGUGGUCGCUGCGCAAGACAGGAACAAAAUGUCCCCACAGCACUUAGCGGUUGCUUUAGCCCCACCGUUGAUGCUUCAGUCUCAACCACCGUCUGAAUUGGAUUACCAACGGCCGAUACACGUCUUGCAAUGCCUCCUGCAGAUUUGGCCAGCACCGAAACGUUCAGUUCGGCGCGGCGAGCCAGCACUCGGGCCGCGUGGAAGCAGAGUCAGUGCGUCGCAAGUGGGCUCAGCCAUCCUCCCCCCAGGCCGAGUUCCGCCCUCAGUCAGUCCAUAUCGGCCUCCAGCGGCAGCAUCAGCAGCAUCUCCGCCGCAAGCUCACUCGGCUCGGCCCGCGGCAGACCGCUCGCCGCCCGCACAUGUUCUCUCAUCAGUCAGGGCCGGCCAAUAUCGUCCGCAGUCGCCUCUACGCGGCCCUCUGCCCGCUCCACCUCGCUCCCGGCAAGUGACGGUCUCGUCUCCCGGUUCGCCCAGUAGCAGCUCCGGCAGCCACAGCCCGGCAGACACUAUCAAGCACGGCGGAUCGGUGUCGUCGAUCCUGCGCCAGCCGGAACGGGCGCCCUCUUCAUCCCCGAGAAAUUCUCCCAGAGCAUCCCCGCGCGCGUCUCCUAGAGAUUCGCCUCAGGCCGGCUCCCGCGAGUCCCCGCGCUCCGCCAUCCCGGGCACCUCGGCGGGGCUCGCGGUGACGCUCAACUCGAGCGGCGGCACGAGCCCGCGGUACAGCUCCACCAACCCGUUCCUGCAGCAGUACGACGCCGAAGAAGAGGCGGAGGCCUGGCGCGCCGCCGACAUUUUCUCUUCAUCCACGCACACAUAGUGCUCAUAGCGAAUUGAAGUUUUCCUAGUCAAUUUUUUUAAAGAAUCGAAAGUGUGCUACGAUUCCGCUGUAUAUUAUGUUGUUUCGAGCGUGCGCGUUCGUGAAUUUGUUAUAUAUAGCGAGUUAUGAUGUACAUUAUGGUGAGAAUGUUCGAGACGCGCGAGCAAGCCGCCGGCCGCCCUCGCGUCGCCCCGUAGCCAUUAUAGUGUUUACGGUAAUGUAUUGUACAUUGUAUAUAAUUGAAUACGUAUUUAAUGUAGGUACGCUCCAGUUUUGUACCGAUCGGGCGACGCUUUGGCGGGCGGCCCGGAGCGCUACACACAUCAUCCCACAUAUCAGAGACUUGCGUACACAUUCGACACGAAUAGGACACGAUACUUCACCAUGAAUGCAAUAUAUUCACUUUUAAUGAACUUUGUUGUCGAUAGUGGACAUAAGUCAGUAGGCAAGUAGGGAGAGUGUAUAGGACGAAGUCGGAAUUGUCUUGAGACUGAGGCCAUAUCAGAGUAGCUCGUAGAUAACGCGGUGGGUGUCCAUCGUAGAACGAGCGAUUACGUCACGUUAAUGGGUCUAGAGGCACGACUGUUAUGAAAGUUUAAAAUAUUCCAAAUAUUCCUUGUUCAUUAUUAAUAAAUUAAUAACUAUUAUACAUAUAACUAUAUAUUAAAGUAAAAUAGUGUUAGAAAAGCAUUUUUACGAGUCGCUAAUUCUAUGAAGGAAUGGAUUCUUCCUUUAAAGAUCGAUCGGUCGCAAUCUCAAGAUCCGAGAUCAUAUUUGCGAAUUGAAAAUGACUAAUUUCGACGAUACAACAAUAAUGAUGCUGACAUUUAUUUACAGUUCUUCAAUGAAAUAAUAAUGUUUUCCGAAUUGAUAUUGCUGUAGGACUUUUAAAUAUUCAUAUUAAAUAUUAAUAAAUUCAAAUAUUGUUAAACGUUUAUUAUCUGUUUGUUAAAGAGAAUUAGAUAAAUGUAUUUAUUGAUAGAACAUAAUUUGAAAUUCGCAAAUAAUAUCUCUAUUCUUAUAACUAGCAUCUGCUAGACAUAUAAGAGUGAUGGAAAUCGACCAAUGACAGCACUGAUUAAAAUCUCACUGCCAUGAUUGGUCCAUUUUAAAUAGUUACGCAUAUUAUUACAUUAAUACACUUAUUUAUAUGUCUGUCGGAGGCUCUUUGGUUACUCGAUGCUUUUGAGCAACACUUCAAGACGAAGUUUUGUUACCGUUUUUAUAAUAUAGAGUUGCACAAAGAACACGACUGAAAUGGGACACAAGGUUUUUGAUACUUUACCAUUUUACCCUUUUUCUCAUUUGUGAUAUACUAGAAGUUGCGUUGGAACCUCGCCUUUUAUAUGAAUGUAAGUCUGUUCAUGAAUUCCUAUAUUUGCUAUACAUUUUGUUAGAAUAUUUUGUAUUUUUUUCAACGAUCGCGCUCUUGAUGUCUUCUGAUUUAGUCGAUUUUUAGGUGUAUGAUAUUACAAACUUAUCAACGAAUAUGAUAUAUUAUUUUAAGUGAGGAAAUUUUGGAAUUCAUGUACGGAUUGAUAAUUUACGACGUCAUGUCUUAAGGCGUCACCAAACAAACAGCGAAUAAGAGUACAAAGCAGCCGUUUCGCAACUUUUGGAGUUUUUCGUUGUAUGUUUGACGAUCGCCUUAGAGGUUAAAAGCGAAGACAAUAUGAUUUUGAAAUCUUUAUAAAAUCUGACGAUGUAAUGUAUUAAUCACAAUGAUAUCGCCUUCGUGAGUUGAAACGGAACCACGUGAAGUAGAUCGUAUUGCCAUAUUCAUUAUAUUAUAAUAAAAAAUUGCAUUUAUUAGCUUAAUAUACGAAAAUUGAUAGCUCUUAACUGUUCACUAUACACACUUGUUAUUAAUAUUAGACAAAGCUAUUGACGUUGUUAUCAAACAUUACAUUUAUUUCACGUGGUACGCUAAUGUUAGUGCUGUCGGAAUCUUCUAAGGUGUUAUUGCAUACAAUGACACUUGUUAAUUUAAAUGUUAAUACAAUUUCAUAUGCAUAACCAUAUAAAACCAAUGCAUAUGCGGACACUUUUUCUUUUACAGGUGUUUAUCAAACCUGCAUGUUUAGUAUUUGUUAUAAACUAAUAUAAAUAUACUUGUGAAUAUAAGUGAUUUGAGCAUAAAACCUAACAAAAGAAAGACAAAGUAAACAGCCAAUUCAUAUAAUUUGAAGAAAACGUAGAAAAAUCGACGAUGAGACUUCGUGAUUCAACUAGACUUUUUUGAACCUGUUCUGAAUCGUUACCAAACUUGAAUUUAAUUCGAUUGUACCCCGAAUCCGAUGGCACCAACCAAUAAUAGAGUAACAUAGUGUAAUUAAAGACUUGAAGUGUGGCUCGACGGCGCGUAGCCGUGUACGGCAGUAGUGCGUAGUGGCGGCGGCUUCAGUUGGCUUCAGCGCGGUUCAUCUGAGAGGUCACUUGGCAUUGUAGAUAUGUUUAUAUGUUGUGGACGACGAGUAGAUCUAUUGUGUUCAUUGUUCUGUUGUAAAUCGUUUAUCAUUUGCGGUGUAUAAAGUUUUUCUGUGUUAGAAAAGUUUCGCAGUCUUGUUGUUCUGUGAGUUCUGAGUCACUUCACUUUUCGGAUACUGGAUAUUUAAACAGUUUAAAGUCAAUUAAUUUCCACCUAACCCGGUAAUAUUUCAUUAUCUUACUUGGAUCCAGUUCAUGGUUGGAUUUGAAUAUUAUAUAUUUAUUGCAUAGAUAGAUGAAUUUGAUAUAUUUUUUCAGAAUUAGGUAUAAUUAUUUUAUUUAUGUAUUUAAUAAAACGUAUUGUAUCUUAUCGCCUUACUCUUGAAAAAGCUACGUUAUUGUAUUUUGUUUAAUUCAUUCCCGCUACAACUAUUGUAAAUUCAAUAGAAAUGACAGAUCGUGCCAAAGAUGUUAUUUUUCAUACAACAAUUCUCACCUUCACUGUUUCCGGUUUGAUUGAAAUAUAAAUUAUAAAUAUGAAUUUAAACGAUUGGUUAAACGCUAUAUAAAUGUUAUAGAGCAAUAAACGAAAAGAUAACUAUUUAUUAAUAUAAAGAUGAUAUUGUAAAUAGCGUUUACUUUUAUGGUUUGUGUAUGUUUAUAAUGAUUGUAUUGAUAGAUGUUUAUAGUUAUACAAGUUCGCCUCUCACGUUGACCCCCGCGGUAUGUUUGCGUUGCGGGGCCCACGGUCCUCAGAUAAUAUCAGUAUUUCGAAAAUUUGGUAAAAGUAG